CAUGUAGAUGAAUGGAGUUCCUCAUGGAGCGAGCCAAGCAGAGGGAGCGCAAUGGUGGGGAAGCAGAUGUGUGCCCGUCACGGGGCAGACAGGAGUGGGGGCCACACCUGACCCUGGAGCCCACAGGAGGAGCCAGCUGCUAUGACACUAGUGCACAUCACCUGCGGGUGACAGGGACCUGGGCCCUGCCCCCCAGCACCCUCUAUGCCCAGCCCAAAUGGAGCAAAGCCCAGCGCUGCCCAGACCGUGGCACAGGCACCCCAGCACAGGGCAGGCGGGGAGUGGGGCCUGUUCCAGAGCCUGCCAGGCCAUGCUGGAGGGCAGCAUGGGGACCCAAGCUGCACUCAGCAUUGACUCCAAGACCCCGAGAUGGGACCACCACAGUGGUGACGCAGGUCCCAACCCUUAAGCCCCGUGGCCCCUACCAUGCCCGGCUGGCAGCUCCUGGCUGGCUCCUUCCUCUGGAAGAGGCAGGAGAAGGUGUCCAACCAGAGACAAGGGGUGUGGCUUCUGAAGACCAAUCAGAAGAUGGUGGUGGCAGCCCUGAGGGCCACCUACUACUCAUCGAUGAAAAGGGGGUACCAUACACGGUGCCACGGCAGGAGCUAGAGGUGGGGCCAGGGGCAGGGCCAGCACAGCUCACAUCUCCACGACGAACACACUUGUGCCCCGUGUGCCUCCGUGCUUUCCUGUACCUGUCGGACCUGGAGCGACACAGCAUCACCCACUCAGAGCUCAAGCCCCAUGUGUGCCGGGCCUGUGGCAAAGCCUUCAAGCGCACCUCGCACCUGGAGCGCCACAAGCACAUCCACACUGGGCAGCGCCCCUUCCGCUGCAGUGUGUGUCAGAAGGGCUUCCGUGAAUCAGGCGAGCUUCUGCGGCACCAACGUGUGCACACAGGCGAGCGUCCCUUCCAGUGCCCACUGUGCCGCCUGCGCUUCACCGAACGCAAUACCUUGCGACGCCAUGCCAAGCGCAAGCAUGCUCAUGAUGCCUGCUGUCCAGAUGCCUGGGAUCAUGGGGCUCCGGGGCUGCCUGGUGCUGAUGGCAAGAGCCAAACAGGCUGGGGGGAACCAGGUGCAGGGCUGGAAACACCCUAGUGGCACUGGGACCCCCUGUACCAGGGUCCCUGGGAGCAUAGUGAGUGGUCGAACCUAAAGAGGCCCCAGCUUGGAGCCACCCCUAGCCCCUGGGAUAGGGCUACAGUGGGGUGCCAAGAAGACCCCAAGGGACAUGGGGGAGAUCUAGUUGGGGGAGCCCCUAUUCUAGCUUCCUCCAAGGCAGGACUCAGUGGCAUGGGUGCAACAGGUGCCCACCCCUAGCAGGUGGCUGUGUCUGUUGGUGGGAGGGUGGUGCUGGUGUCCCACACAUGGUAGAGGAGCACACGUGUGGCCAUGGUAAGGGGUUGUCUGUCAUUCUGGGCCCAGAUGUGUGCUCGGUGAUGAGGUGGAUGCAAUAAAGGU